UAAUAGUUUUAUUUUUUGAUGGAACGGCUGUUAAGUAUUUCUUCCAAAAUUAUUUGUUAAAAUCCGUUUCAAAGACGUUCAAUAUGGCAAAGCAGCAGUUGAUGGUCGCAAACACCGAUUCGGAUGCAAAGCGGACAUGUUGCUGCGAUUGCAAGCAAAAACUCGAUCCCUAUCAACUGUUCGACGACAAUGUCGAGGACGUGGCUAAAUGUCUUGCUCAGAUUAUGGUUAUAUGUGGCAUUAAUACGACCAAGGCCUGCAAUGCCAAAUCGAUCAUAAAGCGCGCAUUUGUCUAUCAUGAAAAGCUGAGAAACCACUGCCCGCCCAGUCCUAGAGUUGGCACCCAUUUGCACCGAGACGAUUUGCUACAGGCGCUGCGAAUCAAGUGCGAAAUGGCGAGUGUGGAGGCAAUGUUGACGUACGCGAUCAUUAAGCGUGCCUUCAAGGCAUUCUUUCACGGCAAGCCGGACAGGACGAUCAGCAACCCUAUACAAGAAGCCGCGGCAAUACAUACUCAGAAAUCGGCUUGGUUGCAUGCAGCAUAUAAAACGGCGAGGAUCUUUGACAACUAUAGGUCGGCAUUUUUUUGGGCCCACAAGGCGUAUGAGAAACAGAUAUCCAUUGUCUAUCGAUCGCUGUACGAUCGGAUGAGUGCACGUGCUAAUCCCUUGACUGUGCCUACUUGCACCUGUCGCAAUUGUGGCAAUAUGGAGGUGCCAGGAUAUCCGAAGCCAGAUUCGAAGAAGCACGAGAAGUUCAAGUUGGCCGAAUGUAACGAGUUGCCAUUGGCCUGCAUUCUGUGCGGCCUGCCGGUGCCCAAGAUUCAGACUGACAUCAAGGUGAAGCCACCACGGCCCAUUACCAAUCACGAAUUGAAGAUGCCGCGCUGCACGAAGUGCAAUUCGCCGAUGCUUAUCUGUGAGUGCAACAUUGAUCAGCUGACUGGCGAGCUGUAUGGCGAGUGCGGCCAGGACUCGUAUAAGGUGAAAUGGUAUCGCGUGGAGGAAGAUAAAGAUACCUCGUCCGGCUUUAAAGAUGCCCAGGAGCCGGAAACUGAUUGGGAGAAUCAUCAUUGUCCGAUCGAUUGUCGGCAUAGCGUAUGUAGUGAAACAUCGGACGUGUGCCAUGAGGAUGAAACCAAUAGCUUCUCAGCUGACGACAGUAGCUCCUCAUUUACCACCUGCUCUGAGGGCGCCUCCGAGGAUCCUGUCGAGAAGCUCGAACAGUAUCUCAAUCAGUUGUGGAACGAAGAAAUCGCAGCCAAAAAGAAUCCCGAGGCACAUAAAGCACACAGUGUGUUCUCACCCCGUUCGACAUGCCAGUCAUGUCAACGGAACUGAGUCUUCCCUUUGCCCUCUAUAUCCUUCACCACGUGGGAAUAAGACAACUAACCUGUGGUCUAUAGCCAACAAUCAUGACGUAUUGUAUAUUUAUAUCGUCACAGCGUUCUAACUGAUAUAUAUUACGAGUU